GGGGUUGGGCAGACUCUGCCCGGCUAUGACCGGCGAAAUGGAGUGUAGCUUUUGGGCUGGGUGAGACGUAUUUGGUGUUUAGAGGAGUAGCGAAUGCAUUCAUUCAUUCGUUCACUCAGUAAAUAUGGAGUACCUACUGAGUGCUAGGCAUUAUUUUGUGUGCGGGGGAUACAGCAGAGAACAUGAUAGACAAGAAGAUGAAUUGAAUCUUCUAGUAAUCAUAGUUGAUACCAACCCAAUUUGGUGGGGAAAGCAAGCAUUAAAAGGAUCUCAGUUCACUUUAUCAAAAUGCAUAGAUGCUGUGAUGGUGUUGGGAAAUUCCCAUUUAUUCAUGAACCGUUCCAACCGACUUGCUGUGAUAGCAAGUCACAUUCACGAAAGUCGAUUCUUAUAUCCUGGAAAGAAUGGCAGGCUGGGAGACUUCUUCGGAGAAGCCGGCAACCCUCCUUCUGAGUUUAAUCCGUCAGGAAGUAAAGACGGAAAAUAUGAGCUGUUAACAGCAGCAAAUGAAGUUAUUGCUGAAGAGAUCAAAGACCUAAUGACCACGAGUGACAUAAAGGGUCAACACAUGGAAACUCUGCUGGCAGGGUCCCUUGCCAAAGCCCUCUGCUACAUUCAUAGAAUGAACAAAGAAGUUAAAGAUAAUCAGGAAAUGAAGUCAAGGAUAUUGGUGAUUAAGGCUGCAGAAGACAGUGCAUUGCAGUAUAUGAACUUCAUGAAUGUAAUCUUCGCGGCCCAGAAACAGAAUAUUUUGAUUGAUGCCUGUGUUUUAGACUCUGAUUCAGGACUCCUCCAACAGGCUUGUGACAUCACAGGGGGACUAUACUUGAAGGUGCCUCAGAUGCCCUCCCUUCUGCAGUAUUUGCUGUGGGUUUUCCUUCCUGAUCAAGACCAGAGAUCUCAGCUAAUCCUCCCGCCCCCAAUUCACGUUGACUAUAGGGCUGCCUGUUUCUGUCAUCGGAACCUCAUCGAGAUCGGCUACGUCUGUUCUGUGUGCUUGUCAAGUACGUAUUCUGCAACUUCAGCCCUAUCUGUACUACAUGCGAGACAGCCUUUAAGAUUUCUCUGCCUCCUGUGCUGAAGGCCAAGAAAAAGAAACUGAAAGUAUCUGCUUGAGAAUAAAGUAUUCUCCCCACCUUUCAGAGCUAGUAGUAGAAACUGUAUGGCAGAAUCUUUGCUGGAAAGGGUCUGGAAACAUGCAGAUAUGUAGGUUAUUUUUAAUUUAGGUAUUGGUUUCCCACAGGAAAUAUUUGCGAAACAGCAUUCUCAUCUUGCACUUCUGGGGGACUGAUUUGUUUAGGGAAGUCAUUCUAUGGAAUAUAUUUUUUAUCUUCUGGCUGGAUUUUGUCCAGAAAGGGGGAGAAAGCACAAAUUUGUGACUUUUGUUUUUAAUGGGAUGAUCAUUUGUCAGAGUCCGACUGUUAUGACUGAUUAUAGGUUUAGAGCAGAUUAACUAAGUCUAGGUCCUUACUGUGAUAUGUUUAAUAUGUGAAAUUUAAACACAGUUUUGGGAAAAAAUGUACACAUGGUGACUCGUGGGCUAAUGGCAUUAAUCAAGACAGUACUUCUUCCUUAACCACCAGUCAACUUCAGCAGUCAUCAUGUAAAUGAGAUCCUUACUGUCUACAUUGAGACUUCCUCAUCUCAGUUGUCAGGUAUUAGCAGAUACUUUGUCUUUUGCCUGAUGUCAGUACAUGUUUGGACAAGGUCAUCCAAGGAGUGAUACUGGUUUGUCACUGAGUAACUACAGAAUCUGGUUUUCAGUGAGCAAGAAGAGUGAGCACAGUGGUCUGUUAGAAGACUUUUCUUCAGAAACAGUUGUGUUAAGAGCUUAUUUGUGAAAGCUGAUAGCAGAGUUCUGGGAGGGAAUUUCUUGGGAGAAUGGACUCUUAAAAAUUAAGUGUGGUCCCAGGUAGAAUUCUUUUCUUUUUAAAUAAAAAAAAAACACAUUCAUAUUGGAGAACUGUUUAUCUAGAAGCUUUGAACUCAAUAGUGAAAACUUCUACCAGUUUAAAAGAAAAAUUAUUUUUAAUUUCAACAAUACAAAAAUUAUUUUUCUAUGAAACCAUGAAGUUGUUAAACGUCCUUUUGAGUUCCAGCAUGGUGCAGGGAGCUUUAAGGACUAGCAGCUGCUUGAGUUUGUUGAUAAAGUAUAUUGUAAAGCCCAUUUGCGUAUGAAACCUUGUAAGUAAAUAAGAUUGAAUUUUCUCUUUAUAGACUCUCUGAAGCUGAGUUUAAUUUAAGUAAUUGGGUGUUUGGUUAGAUAUUUCCAGUAGAUUUUAUAUUCUGGAUUUGCGGUUUUAUUAACAAAUGCCCAAAGAUUUUGAGGAUCAUUUUGCAGGUAUUGGUGAAUCCUUGAGUUUGAGAAUCUGUUUGCAUAUGUUGCCUUUUAAAAAUAAUAUUUGGUAUUUUAUAGCCUAAUUAAACAUAAUCGAAAUCAGUACUGUAAGUCUGCAUGUGAAGUAAAGCAUAUAUCUAAAAGAUGAAUAACUUGAAGCAAGCUGAUAAGGUUUUCUCUAUUUUUCAUUUGAAAUGUUUUAUAUACUUGUUCUGUUUUUAUUUUAACUUGUAUUUG